UCGAUCACGUGAGCGCGUCAGGAACAGUGCCCGGCAUUUCUUAUCGAAUGUAAGUGGACGGCCUGGAAUUUCCAGUCAUUCUAGAAAGCGAGACUCUUCAGAAGUAUCUUCUCCACAGCGGGACGAACACGUCGAGGUUUGCCGGUCUAUUGUGUGGCAGUUGACGGGAUUUUAGUACAGUCGCGCGACUCAUUCAUUCACUUCCUGUAUAUCUGAGGCUGCUCCUUGCUUUUAACGACUCUGCGGCCAUGUCUGUGAACAUCCACGUUAACAGCCCCAAUGUGAGGUACACAGAUACACACAUAGUGGCUCAGUAUCAGUAUCACACCACGUCCGUGAGCAAAGAGGGCAACAAAGUCACAGUGACGCCCCGCACAACUGAGAUGACAUUCCGCACUGAGAGGCAUGUACCCCAGCUGGGUGUGAUGCUGGUGGGCUGGGGAGGCAACAAUGGCACCACGGUCACAGCCACAGUGUUGGCCAACAAGCUGGGUCUCACCUGGAGGAACAAGACUGGAGUAAAGAAAGCAAAUUACUUUGGCUCCCUGCUGCAGGCCUCCACUGUUUGUCUGGGAUCAGGGCUCGAGGGCGAGGUCAAUGUGCCCUUCCGUGACCUCCUUCCCAUGGUGCACCCUAAUGAUAUUGUCUUUGAUGGCUGGGAUAUUUCCUCAAUGGAUCUGGGCAGCGCUAUGGAGCGAGCGCAGGUGCUUGACUGGUCAUUGCAGGAGCAGCUGCGACCACACAUGAGCCAAAUCAAACCUAGACCCUCCAUCUAUAUCCCAGACUUCAUUGCUGCAAACCAAGAGAGCCGAGCUGACAAUGUCCUCACAGGGACACUGGCCAAGCAGAUGGAGCAGGUCCGAGCCGACAUAAGGGACUUCCGUAAGUCAAGCGGUGUGGACAGAGUCAUUGUUCUGUGGACAGCGAACACUGAGCGCUUCUGUGACAUCAUAGCUGGGACCAAUGACACUGCAGAGAACCUGCUCGCUGCAAUCAAGGCUGGAGCAAAGGAAAUUUCUCCCUCCACUCUUUUUGCAGUGGCCAGUAUACUGGAGGACUGCGCCUUCAUCAACGGCUCCCCGCAGAACACUUUUGUCCCAGGGGCCAUCGAGCUGGCCGUGCAGAAAGGCGUGUUCAUUGGAGGAGAUGACUUCAAAUCCGGUCAGACCAAGAUCAAGUCGGUGCUUGUGGACUUUCUGGUCAGUGCAGGAAUCAAGCCAACCUCCAUCGUCAGCUACAACCACCUCGGCAACAACGAUGGGAAAAACCUGUCUGCUCCGCAGCAGUUCCGCUCCAAAGAGAUCUCCAAGAGCAACGUGGUGGACGACAUGGUGCGGUCAAACCCCAUCCUGUUCCAGCCUGGAGAGAAACCAGACCACUGUGUGGUGAUUAAGUACGUUCCUUAUGUGGGGGACAGCAAGCGUGCCAUGGAUGAAUACACCUCAGAAAUAAUGAUGGGCGGAACCAAUACUAUAGCUCUGCACAACACCUGUGAGGACUCUCUGUUGGCCAGCCCAAUCAUACUGGACCUGGUGAUCCUGACAGAGCUUUGUCAGCGUGUGACAGUACGGCCUCAGGGGGAGAGGGACUACCAGUCUUUCCACAGUAUCUUAGCGCUGCUUUCCUUCCUCUGCAAGGCACCCCUGGUCCCACCAGGAACCCCGGUCAUCAACGCCUUCUUCCGCCAGAGAGCCAGCAUAGAAAACAUCAUGAGAGCGUGCCUCGGCCUCCCUCCUCAGAACCACAUGCUCCUGGAGCACAAGCUGCAGAGAGACUUCCUGCCUCCGCAUAAUGUCUACAUCAACGGCGAAGUCCCCGCGUCAAAAAAAGUCCUCUUCACCAACGGAACCCAUUCACCGCUAAUGAAUGGCAUCUCGACACAUGCUGAUGACGCGGCGCGUGCAUUAUGAUUGCACAUUUGAAAAGUACUGCUCCAAAUAGAGGUGCAACUCCAUGCUUUUUAAAGAUAUUACCUUGAAGAAAAAGAACAAAUGCCCCCAUUAUUUAAACUUGAUAUGAUAUUUAUGGGAGAUAUGGUUUAGGUUAAAAAACCAAGUAUUGUCCCAUUAAUGACAAUCAUGGUGCAUCAUUCUUUCCACAGCAUACAUUUAAAAGGCAAUCAACCAGUUGUCAGGUCAUGGGCUUGUGUUACUGUUGUUUCUUUUACUGCCUGUUGUUUUAUUUAAAUGCUUUUUGUGAGACUAAAUGACAGAAAAUGUACAUGUUUUUAUUAUCUUAUUAAUGUUGUUGCCACUUAUAUGGAGUCUGACUGUCAUGGCAGCAGGUUGAGUAAGGAAGUACAGAUAUUAAUUUAAAAUCAACAUUUUGGUUUUGUUAGAUAUGUUGUUUAUCUUUGUAUUGAUGGAUAGAUGCAUAACAAUACAUCCAACAUUAAAAACAUACAGCAAUAAAGCCAUACACUGGCUUAAAAACAAUGGAUCAGGCAGAGAAGUCAGUAAAUAACACUAAGUCACCUUACCUCUCAUUGAGCCAUUCUAUAUGUGAUUUAUGUGUAACUGGUAUUGUCACAAAAUAAUAUUAUGAUGUUGUAUUUUUAAAAAAGCAAAGUAAUAAAGUUCUUCAAUAAAAUAUCAAACGAG